GGUCCACGCCCGCCCGCCCGCCCGCCCAUAGAGCUCGCCGCCUCCCUCCUUCCCUCCCUGUCUCCUUCCCCGCCUCUCUCUCGUCGUCGUCCCCCGCAGCGCCGGCCGAAGCAAAGCACGGGGACUCAACCGCCGCCAUGAGCUACUACGGCCAGCAGCAGCCCCCCGUCGGCGUGCCUCCACAGCAAGGGUAUCCAGGGAAAGAAGAGUACCCGCCGGCAGGCUACCCUCCGGCCGGGUACCCACCGCCGGGGCAGGGACAGGGCUACCCUCCCCAGGGAUACCCGCCGCAGCAGGGGGGUUAUCCGCCACAGCAGGGUGGGUAUCCGCCGCAGCAAGGGUACCCACAGCAGGGGUACCCGCCUCAGUACGCGCAGCAGCCGCCGCGGCAGCAGCAGAGCAGCGGCCCGUCCUUCAUGGAGGGAUGCUUGGCCGCCCUUUGUUGCUGCUGUCUGUUGGAUGCUUGCUUCUAAGUUGAAUUCUAAGCGACAGGGAAGAGAUUUGGUGCAGCUGCUAUGUGCUCCAUAUUGGAAAUUGGGAUUGGCUUGUUGAUUAAUAGUAGUACUACUUCUUAGAGGAGAUUACAAGAACUCCUUACCGUCAUGUUUGUAUGUUCAGAUGAUUGGUGUACCUUUUCGCAUUAAAAAAGAUGUUUGUUGUAAUGCCUA